GCGCACAGCCCAUCCCCAUCCCCAUCCACCACCGCGCGCUCUCCGACGGCCAUCGAACGCCAUGGCGCUCCUCCUCCCCCGCACGGCGCGGCUCGCGCUCCUCUCCGCCGGCCCUCGAGCCUACUCCUCCACCGUCGGCGCGGCGGGAACAGCGGCGCCGGCGCCGUACGGCGGCGGGGCGCCCGCGCCGGCGCCGAUGCCGAAGGCCGCGGAGUUCGUGGUGUCCAAGGUGGACGAUCUGAUGAACUGGGCCCGGCGGGGCUCGAUCUGGCCCAUGACGUUCGGCCUCGCGUGCUGCGCCGUGGAGAUGAUGCACGCCGGCGCCGCCCGCUACGACUUCGACCGCUUCGGCGUCAUCUUCCGCCCCUCGCCGCGCCAGUCCGACUGCAUGAUCGUCGCCGGCACGCUCACCAACAAGAUGGCGCCCGCGCUCCGCAAGGUUUAUGACCAGAUGCCAGAGCCUCGGUGGGUGAUCUCGAUGGGCAGCUGCGCCAAUGGCGGCGGAUACUACCACUACUCAUACUCCGUCGUGCGUGGGUGCAACCGGAUCGUUCCCGUGGACAUCUACGUCCCUGGGUGCCCUCCAACAGCUGAAGCUCUCCUGUAUGGCGUUCUCCAGUUGCAGAAGAAGAUCAACAGGCGCAAGGAUUUCCUUCACUGGUGGGAGAAGUGAAUUAGCACUUUGGACCAUCAGGUUCAUGAGGAUGCAGCUCUUCUACGUAUUGUUGGGACGUUGGGUUCUUUCGUUUCUGUUUGGUGGAAUAAGCGAAGCAUGUGCUUCCUGGUCCGUGGUAAUUGGUAAGUAAGUAGCUUGUGUCUUGUGUGUGCUGGGUGGGUUCCUACCUUGCUUCACAGGCCAUGAAAAAGCUACGUACUGGUGGUUGUGGUUGAACAGGUGAUGCUUAUGGUUUACCCCAGUCUGUACUGGUAUAUUGUAUAUCUGUACAGUACAUGCUGGUGGUUGAACAGUUGAUGCUUCUGGAAUUGUAUGUGUUCUAUGCAAUUGUGAUAA